GAGGCGUCACCGAGAGCCGUCGGUUAGAGACGGCCACACAGACGCCGUCACACGCUCGUACUCACAGCACUCCCCGCACAAAGAUCUUCCGUAUCGCCUCUUAACAGACUGCUGGGGAUGGGUGGCCAACACCACGCCCGGCCGCCUUUGUCUCCCCAGCGCUGAUGCUGUGCACAUCGCACCAGCCAGACCGAGACCAACACCCCCCUUGGCCACCUCCAAGGGCGCCCAAACGCGCGCGUCCCACCGCCCAGCGCUGCAUGGCGGGACGACUCAGGCGGCAGAUGCCCGAAGGCGACUUUCGCCGUAGGCGGCGGGGGUCCAACCCGGGCUGGAGGGCACAGGAGGAGGAGGAUGACGGCGGCGGGCAGCCCACGAGCACGCGAGCCAUGGCAGAGUCACUGCGACGUCUCGCCAACAGCGGCGCGUACGGAGCCCUGCAGGAGAGGUUGGACUCCUGGCAAGGCGACUUCCACGCCAACAGCAGCAAUGAAAACUUGAGCCACUGCUGUGAGCUCAUUGAGAGGACCUCAAAGGUGCAGAAUCAGCUUUUGAACAUGAUGAGCAAUAAGACCAACCAAGGUGGGCCCACCGCCAGCGCCAAGUCACGUCUCCUGCCCUUUCAGAGCAACGUCGCCGUCUCCCCGGGCGUAUCGCCCAACACCAGCCUCACCCUCAUCAGGGAGACGGCGCAGAAGGAGCGGCAGCUGCAAGACCUGUGUGCGCGCCACAUGCGGGAGGUGGGGUCGCUCGAGUCGGAGCUGCGAUCCACGCGCCAGUCGCUGAGCAAUGCCAAGCAGCGCCUGAAAAACAUGGCCGACGAGCUUGAAGCCUCAAAGACCAAUUCAGCCUCCACCUACCUGGCGUCUGAGGAGGAGAUCCUUCAGCUGAGGGCGGACCUGCAAGCGGCGUGCGAGGAGGCCGAGGUGAACCGGCGCGAGCGCGAGGAUAGCGAGAGGCAGGCGCGGCACCUGCAGGCCGAGAUGGCGACGCUGCAGCAGGAGAAGGCGCGCCUGCUGGAGCGCAUGUCGGGAUGGCUCUCGAUGCCUUGCCACGAGCGCAGCGCUCCGCCUCGCCGCAGGGCGUCUCCGACUCCCAGCUCCUCUCCACCUCGCUGGGCUUCUCCGGUCCGCAGCUCCUCCGCGCUUCGCCACCACAUGGCCACGUGCCCGCGCCACUCCACAGCGUCGUGCCAUGCCCGCCUGCCGGAGCGUUUCAAGUCCGCCUCGAGAGGCGGCCGUCUCGACGCGCAGAGCCGUCCAACGCCGCUGCUGCUGCGACACCGCAGCGACGCGUAGACCCAGCAGCGUGUCGCGUCCGUGGCCGCCGUUGUGCGUGCGCUGUUCUCCUCCCCCCUUGUGUGACGGCGGAGCUCCGGGCGACGCGUCGCAUUCGUCGCACUUUGCUGCCGCACGCUCGUCCGCCGCGAGCAUUUCACAGAACUGUACCCGGAGAACAGUGAAAUGUGUCGAAGGCAAUUGUGGCGUACGCAACGAUUCUAUGACGCGAGGUUAUUACGUGAAAUAAACUCAACUAACCCAC